AUGCCUGCUUUCUCUCGUCUUAUCCGCUUUCUGGCCAAGGAUGGUCACGUUUACUACGGGGACGCCACCCUCCCCGCCGACGUAGAUGACAUCGCCAAAACUACCAAGGCAAGAGUAAUCAAAGGUGACAUCUUUGGCCAACACCGCGUGACCGACCAAGUCGCGGAGGUGAAGCUCCUGCUUGCCCCGCUCGCACGAAAGGAUAUCAGGACCGUGCGCUGUCUCGGUCUGAACUACGAACAGCAUGCAAAGGAGUCCAAUCUUCCCAUUCCCAAGUAUCCAGUUCUCUUCUACAAGCCCGUCACCUCCAUCGCGGGUCCAACGGAUGAUAUUCCUGUUUCUCCUCUUGCACAGGAAGGUGAAGGGCUGGACUACGAGUGCGAGCUUGUUAUUGUGAUCGGGAAGGAGGCAAAGGAGGUACCGGAGAGCAAAGCGUUAGACUAUGUUCUGGGAUAUUCUGUUGGCAAUGAUGUUUCACAUCGCGAUUGGCAACUGAAGCGUGGUGGUGGGCAGUGGGGUCUUGGGAAGGGUUUCGAUGGGUGGGCGCCGUUUGGCCCGGGAAUUGUAUCUUCGGAGUUGAUCCGGGACCCCAAUGCGCUGAGAAUCUCGACGAAGUUGAACGGCCAGGAAGUCCAGUCUUCAUCAACCAAGGAUAUGAUUUUCCAUGUUGCUCAGACGGUCGCGUUCCUGUCUCAGGGUACCACUCUUCUACCAGGAGACUUGAUCUUCACCGGAACUCCUCAAGGAGUCGGUAUGGGCAGGAAGCCCGCCCUUUGGCUGAGAGAUGGCGAUAAGGUUGAGGUCUCCCUCGAGGGAGUCGGUUCGUGCGUGAACAAGGUGGUUUUCGACAAGCCAGCUCCCAAGUUGUAG